AUGGGGUUCAAAAAGAAAAUGAUCCAUUUUGAGGAGCAACUCUCCGACGUCGACUCCGAACCAGAAGAACCUGAAAUCUUACAGCAAUUCCCUUUCCUCCGUCUACCGUCCGAGAUCCGCCUACAUAUUUAUCAUUAUGUCCUGUUCACGCCGACUCGGAAGAGUACAUUGAAGCGCACUGGUGGCAACGUUGGGUCUUCGGCGAAGAAGAGCAAACCUUUAGCACCAUCUUCGCACCGCGUCGCCCUGUUCCUUGUCUCGAGACAGGUCCACGACGAAGCCACUCACUACUUCUAUUCAACCCAGACAUUCCGUGUGUUCCCCGUCCAGGACUUCUUGCGCAUGCCCACGAUUCGGGCUUUGCCUCGACGCCACCGCUCUUCGAUCACCACGAUUGAAUUGAUUGUGGGAUCAAGUUGGACUGCACCCCCAAAGCCAUGGGUUGUAAACCAGGGAUUGGGAUUACACGACAUGGAGCUUGUGCGCACGUUGAAAGUGUUUGUACAGUGUGACCCUUCACACCCUGUGUUCGAGGGCUUUCGCAUAUCCAAGGAUUACUAUACCAACUUCUGUGGCAAAUUGUUACAUCAAAUCUUGGAACGGCUGCCGGGUCUAGUUCAGGUCGAAUUCGAUGCCUGGCCCUCUGUAGAGAAGAAUGGACCUUUGAUGACUCGCCUGCUUGAGGAAACUCGGAAUGCUCAGAAAAAGGUCCUUUGGGGCCCUGAUAGAGGCUGGAGCGACACUCAAGAUGACACUCACGAGAAACAUGAGCUUAAUGACGUGGAUGCUGCCUUUGAUGGCCUGCGGGCCUACUCCCCUGAUGUUGUCGAAGCCUUGAGCAACUCGCUUCAGACAGUCAAGUUGGAGUCAUGA